AACUAUUUUUGGAAGUAAAAAGCACAUGUCUCAGCUGGUCUUUGACUGUGAAGAGUUUUGCUGUUACAUUCAUUGUCUCCUCAGCAAAAUGGUUGUGUCUGUGAUAUUGGCGCUCAUGCUUGUCUCUUGCACCUGUGGAGAAAAUCCUGCCAUUCAAGUCGUUCUGACAGAAAAAGGACUUCAGUACGGGAAGCAUGUAGGUGCAGGAUGGAUUCAGGAGAAGUUGGAGGUUGUCACUCUCCCUGACAUAAGUGGUAAAGUCUACAUUGGCAUUGGCAGCGUAAGCUACACACUAACAGGCGUCAGGAUCACCAAGUGUGACUUUCCUGAACCGUCUGUUGAGUUCACGGAGAGCCCCGCAGGAUUCAAGACAUCCACCUCAGGCCUCAGUAUUGCAGUAACAGGAGGGUGGAGGACACGCUACGGAGCAAUACAUGAUGGGGGAACAUUCGACAUGGCUUUAUUUAAUGUGGACGUGACCUCUGUAGUUGAGCUGGGGAAAGAUCCUGAUGGACAUAUGUCUGUCACCAGUGUCAGCUGCGAUGCUCAUAUUGGAGGUUUGGACAUAAACUUCUAUGGUGGAGCCAGUUGGAUAUUCGAGCCUUUUGUGGAACAUUUCAAGGGGCGUAUUAGAGCUGAAAUAGAGGACAAGAUCUGUCCCACUGUGGAGGAAUACAUUGUAAACACGGAGCAGAGCCUACAGGCCAUGAAUGUCUCCUUUGAUGUGAAUGAAGACCUCACUCUUGACAUCCCUCUCACCGGCUUACCUGUCAUUGAAAAUUCAAGUCUGAAUCUGGGUUUUAAGGGGGAGUUCUACAGUAUCAAAACUCAUCAGGAACCUCCAUUUGAGGCACAACCUUUCGUCAUGCCUGUGAAGUCAGGCUACAUGUUGUCAGCCGGCCUCUCUGAAUUCACUGUGAACUCUGCCUUCUAUGGAUACUACUCAGCUGGACUGCUUCAGGCCAUCAUCAAUGACAGCAUGAUACCUUCAACCUCUCCUGUGCACCUAAACACCAGCUUAAUGGGGCCUUUCAUUCCUCAGUUGCCCAAGAUGUUUCCAGGCCUGCUGAUGACUUUGCAGGUUUACGCCACAGAUGUUCCACAGGUUUCCUUCCACUCUGGUGCUGUUAAAAUGGGUUCGAUGGCUGCUGUCAAGGCCUUUGCUAUCCAGCCCAACUCUACCCAGACUCCACUGUUCAAACUCCUUGUUGACUCAGAGUUCAGCAGCAAAGUGUGGAUCGCCGAAGAAAGACUGAGGGGCUCCAUGACGAUGGAGAACUUCACACUGAGUCUGGAUUCCACUGAAGUGGGGACCUUUAAUACUGAUGCUUUGGCAAGUGUAGCAAAGAUGGGAGUACAGUUGACCUUGUCAAAAGUGAACAAGCAACUUACUGAAGGUAUUAUGUUACCCAGACUGAAGCACGCACAGCUGGUCAAUCCAGUUCUGACAUUGGAAGAGGGAUUUAUUGCCAUCUGUUCAGACGCCGAGCUGCUCGAAGACAUAGACUUCAACUGACAGGCAAACCUCAACUACAUCAAAAACUGCUUCUCUUCCCAGUUUAGAUUCCUGUGGAGCUGCAUUUUCUUGAACUUUAAACCUGUAAACACACUGGACACCACAUCAGAAAAUCACUGAUGUACUUAAAAGAUGUACAUUUCUAUAAUCAGUCUUAACAUAUCUACAGCCUUCAUGUUUAAUCAGCAGUGAUUUAUCCUGCAGUUCAACUUUUAAAAUGCUUGUAAAAUGAAUGUACAGCAUAUGUUUUUUUACAAAUAAAA